AUGACGAUCAAAAAACGGCCCUUCCACAGCGUCCUAGUAGUUCUAUCGGUGAUAUGUUUCUUUUGGGUCACGAUCAAGUCUUACAUGAAUUUUGCUACAAAGGAAGUUUAUCAUCAUCCAAGCAAUAAUUCGCAAAGAAUUGCCAAAGUUUCUAUGCUCUAUGGAGAGACAAACCACAUGUACGAGAGGGCACUGCAAAGCCAUGAACGCCACGGCAAGAAGUGGGGGUAUCCUAUGCAUGUUCUGCGACAGGAUAUCUCGGUCGGGUUCUGGAACAAGCCGAGUUAUCUUUUGGCCUUGGUGAUCAAUGAAAUGGCGAAGCCAGCGGGUGAGAGAAUGGAGUGGUUCAUGUGGGUUGACGCCGACUCUAUUAUUUUGAACAACGACAUCCCUGUCGAGGUCUUCCUUCCGCCAUCCGAUCUGAAAGAUAUCCACCUGGUGACCGCCAAAGAUCAGAACGGCCUCAACACCGGAAUCAUGUUCAUGCAUGUCCACCCAUGGACAAUCAGCUUCUUAACUGAAACACUUGGCUAUCCGCUCCUCCUCCCAGAAAUCGAUCUUGGUCGAUCCGCAGACCAAGAAGCCAUGAGACUCGUGCUCAACAAGACAACCGAGGGACCAGCUGGACAGGGCUACGCCGGUGGAGUCGCAUACCUGCCACGGCCAUGGAUCAACACAUAUGAGUGGGACUGGGCUUAUGAAGGCAAGAGAGGAGAUCUGCUUGUGCAUUUCCCAGGUCUUGGGGAAAAGCGAUGGCCACAUAUGGCUAAAUGGCUGGAUAUUGUUGAGAUGACACCUCAGAAGUGGAAACUCCCACUUGAGCAGACUGGUUACCUUACAAAGACCGAGGCAUAUUGGUCACAGCUUCGUGAUGCAAAGAACAGAAUUCAGAUCGCGGAGCAGAGAUUGCAGGCUGGGAAAUCCCGAUCCUCUGCACGGAUUGAGCAGGCAGCUGAUGCGCUCAAGAAGGUCAUACUCGAAGAUUCAGAUGAAGUGGAUCGCAUACAGCAGCGGCUUGAAGAUCUAAAUGCGUUGUUGGAGCAAACGAAGACUCUGUGA